GUCGUUCGUCGCCUCAUCUCCAAACAUCUUUUCCCUUUGAUCUCUGAUGAAUCCCUCAUCGGCGGCCACGCUUUUCUAUUCCUUUCUCUCUCCACAGGAUUCAAAUCGAACCCCAGGCGAUGUUCCCAGAGAUCCUCGCGAUUUCUUCAAGCCGGGCGAGGGAGAUGGGUGCGCCUUCCGUUGUAGAGGCGGUGGAGACGGGAUCUUCGAAGCGAAGAAGAAGGGGCUGGAGAGGAUCCAAGAGAGAGAGAGAGAAAGCAAGCGGGAGAGAGAGGAAAUCAGGCAACGAGUUUUCCCAUCUCCAGCUCCACGUCACAUCUCCAUAGAUAGUCGAUUCAUUUUCAGAUCUAUCUUUCCCUGGCGAAAUCCAUAGGUCGCUGAUUCAUUUUUCAGAUCUAUCUAUCCUCUACGGUGGCUCGUUGAUUCAACUUUGUUUCCAUUUGGUGAUGAUGGGCCUUAAAUCGCCGCAUAGCUCAGUAACUCCCUCUAUGGUGAAUGUAAGGAGAUUUGUUCGUUUGGGACACGAUUAGUAAUCGAUAGGAUUUCAACGGGGAAUUUUCAUAUGUAACAAAAGAACUCAGAGGGGAAACAGAGGGGUUGAGGGUUGUGAGAGGGUUGGGAAUCAGGGAGGUCUUGUCGACAACGUCGACUAGGCGGAAGGUGCUGGUAGCUCACCGUGAAUUCGUCCAGAGGUCGAUGGGGAAGAUGAAAC